AUGAUAUUCUUAUAUAACUUUAGUUAAGCUGAAACUUCAAAGCAAAAUUAUUAACAUUUAUACUUUUUAUCUAUUUGUUUCAAUUUUUUUAUUUAAGUGUAUCAAUUUUUAAAAUUCUUAUUUUUUCUAAAAAAUAUUUUUCGUACCCAAUCUCUAACUAAAUAUUUAUUCUUCAUUUUCUUUAUUAAAAAUAUAUAAUAAAAUCCUUUUUAAUACAUUAGAUUAGAUAAAUCAAUCAAUCAAUCAAUCAAUCAUAUUGUUAAUUAAAAUAUAAGAAAAAUAGUCAAUUACUUUAAAAUAGAUGGCGAAAUAAAAAAUAUAUCAACCAAAAGCUCUUUGUUGAUUAAUCAAAAAGAUUAUAUUGAAAACAUUUUAGCAGAUCAAUCAUCUCAAGUACUACUUAUUUCGAAUUUAGAAGAUAGGUGCAUAUAUGCGAUUAAGGGAAAUUAAGCUUAAAUAAAUGAUGAUUGUGCUUUUGCAAUAAAUAUGGACUAAUAUCAACUUUAAAAAUCAUUUUUGGAGUUAUUGUUUUUACCCUUUUACAGAAAAGUAAAAAAAAAAUAAAUAACACUUACUUUAGCUAAAGAUUUAGCAAAAAUUUAGAAUGCGAAUUGA